AUGGCACCCCUCACCCCAAAUGCCUCCGACGAUUCGCCCAUCGAAUCUUCACCUCCGUCCUCAGAUCACCAUAGAUCCAAGUCUGCAAGCGAGAAACAACGCGACGAGGCUCGACUUACAUUCAAUAAGACCAUUGAGGGGCACUAUCGUCAUGGGAAGACGGGGUACAGACAGGUCGGAGCUCUGUUCUUGACAUGGAAGGACGACGACAUGCAGUGCAGAGAGACAGAAGUGGAUAAAUUAAGGCAGCUGUUCGCCAAGGAAUUCAAUUUCAAGACGGUGUACUUCGAGGUCCCCUCGCAACGCUGGGAGACCGCCCUGCAUAAGGCAGUGGCCGAUUUUUGCUACGAGUACGAUAGUCCUGAAGACCUUGCAAUAGUAUACUAUGGUGGACACGCAUAUGAAGGCAGGGAGACGAAGCAUUUCAAAUUGGCAGCCUGGAACGUUGCCAGUAAUGCUGAAGACACCUGGUUUAAGACUCCGAUGCUGAUCAAUCUAUUUUUCAGGAAAUAUGAUAAUAAGGAUGGAAACGGCGAUCCCACUGCGUUCUUCCCGGACGUUCUUACUUGCUUGCGACUACCUGCAUGCGACCAGCUUCUGAUCCUCGACUGUUGUUUCGCUGCCAAAGCCUUCGCUCGGGAGCAUAUUGGGAAGCGCAAGUUCGAGCUCUUGACCUCAGCCGCUCACGACGCGACGAGUCCAGCACCCAAGUCGGAACACUCAUUCACAAGGACGUUGACUACUGCCUUAAGGUCUCUACUCAAAGAAAAUCCGAAGGGCUUUUGCACAUCACACUUGUACCGCGAGGUGUAUCAUACUAUCUCACCACACCCGGCAACUACCAAGCCGCUUCUCUUUGAUCAAUCGCGCCACAACUUCGGCAAGAUCUGGCUAAUGCCGCAGGUGCUCAGCGAGCGACCACCAAAGACUGAAGAAGAAGGGAGGUUUCUAAAGCUGACGUUCCGUCUGAACGAAAAUCCAGACCUCGCUGUUAUGAAUGAACUUGCCUUGAACCUACAAUUCCUACCUUACGUCGAUCAAAUCAAAUUUGACGACCUCUAUGCUCCUAGGGAACAGAUCACCAACUUCAUGAAAGCGGUCGUCCAGGCUCAAAAACUCAAGCCACUAAUAAAAAAGAUGCAAGCGAGACGCAAGCUCCAGAAGGUUGCAGAAUUGAAGACCGGAGACAACAGGGUCGGGGCAUCUAAAAGUCUUCUAAAGCUGUAUCUCGAGCAGAACAAUCACCCGGUCUAUGACUGGAGUCGUGCGGAACGUGUGCCUGGCCACAAUCCAAAAGACUCCGAAGAGUCUCGAGACAAGAGGAAAAAGACAAGGACGUGGCCGCCAGCUCACGGGAAGUCCUCUAUGAGUGGUUCUUCAUCUGGUGAUACACUCUCGGCCGAGUACAAAGUCGAGGUUCCUGGGACCUUAGUCGCCACAUUUGUCCCUCGACGUGCGAACACAAUGGAUGCUCUAGCGCAUGAGAAGGCGAAUGAAGCAGCGACCGCCGCCUCUACGGACACAGAUCAAGCUCAGGAGAGAGAUGGCCGCAAACGCCAACGAAGCACGUCGCUCGAUCGAGACACUCCACCAGAGAAGAGAGCUCACAAGGUCGACUGA